AUAGGUUAGAUUGAAGCCGGUUUUAUGAUGGUGAAUAAGAAAGCGAUUGUUUAAACACGUAUACAGCUUUAUGUGAAUAAAUCUUUUUCGUAUUUUAUAUUUAAUCUUUUAACGUGGUAUAUAAAUAAGAUAUGGAUAAUAAUAUAACUGAUAAUGCAACAAUGGGACUUGAACAAUUAAAGAAUUAUCAGCAAAUGCUGCUAAAUAAUGUGAUAGCACAGAAACUUGAACAAAACGAAAAGCAAACCAAGACAAUAACUGAUUAUAAGAACAGGCAUAAAAAAGUAAUAGAGGGACUUGAAGUAUAUCCAUUAUCUCUUUCUGAGAAUUGUAUGGUGCCCAUUGGCAAACGGGCGUUUAUGAAAGGAAAAUUAAUUCACACCAAUGAAAUUUUAGCUAGUUUAGGAGGUGGAUAUUUUGCUAAAUAUAGUGCAUCGCAGGCGAUUGCAUUGUGCAACAGGCGAAUAGCAUGGGCUGAUGAAAUGCUAAAAAAUUUAGAAAUUGAAAGAAAUUUAUUCGAAAUGAAACAAUAUCUUCCUUUACAACAUGAUGUCUUUGGGGAAGAUGAUAGAAAAGAUAUUGUGGAACAUUGGAGCGAGAAUAAACUGGAUGAGUGGAGAGUACAACAUAGACAGCGUGAAAAGGAGUAUCGUCAGAAACUAGCAGAGCUGAGGGAACAAGAAAAAAUUGACAUUCGUACUGAGGAAGAUCUUUUUGAAAGGCUUAAUGAAUUAGAACUAGAAGAAGAAUUAGAAGAUGAAAUUUUCAGAUUGGAAACUGAAAGAAAAAAAUUUUAUGGCGACGACUUAAAAGAGGGUGAAGUUUAUGAUGAAUCAGAGGAAGAUGCAUCUGAUAUUGAUGAAGUUGGAUAUAUAGAGAAGAUUCAAGAGGAAUUAAAGAAAUUGAAGGAUAUCCAAAUGGGCAAAAUCACAAGUGAUACAUCAAGUAUCAAUCCUGAUAUAGCUCAAGAUAAAACUGUUGAUACAAAUAUUUCAGAAAAUGAGCAGUCCCAUUCCUCUGCGAAUUUUAGUCAAGAGAAAAUAAGGAGAGAUUAUUCACCUGAACCUCAGAAUGUAUCAAACACAAAAGGAGAAAGGAGAAUAUCAUUUGCUGAACCGUGUAUAAUAGAAAACGACGGCAUUAUAAAAAAAGAAAUAUCAAUAUUUCAGGAAUCUUGUUCUGCUUUGAAGCAAGAAGCGUAUAAUGAAAAUUCUGCAGAUGGAGAUGAUAUCAUCAAGAUAGAAUUCUCACAUUCAUCUCAUAUUCCACAUAUAUUUGAAUCAGAUAGUACGGAAAUACGUAGCCCAGUAGAUAUUUAUAAAAUGUUUAGUGCUCUUAAAUCUAUUUUGAAAAGAUCUCCGAAUGAUAUGAUACCCAAUCAAGUUGCGCCUCCUGUAAACGAAUAUAGUAGUUCAGAUACAGAAGACGAAGACGAAUAUGUUAAACGUUCUGCAUAUAACUCUGUAAUCAAAGAGACAGUCCAUGAAAAUAAAACGCCAAUAGAUGUUUCGAAAAAAAGCAAUGAAAAAAAAAUCAUGAGUAAAUUUAAACUUGAACGAACUGGAAAAAAGAAGUGACUUGUAAACAUGUACAUUGACAUAGAAAAUAUUUCUAUAAAAUAUAUACAAAUAAAU